CAUCACCCUAUUGCAGCCAUUCUUCCAUGGAGGGGUUGGAGCCAAAGGUGGUGGUGAGGGGUGAGAGGUUGAAGAGGGAUGUAGAUUGUGGUGAUAACCAAAAAGGGUACGUGGAGCUUCGGCAGGAAAAUAAGAAGAAGAAGAAAGGGGAGGGAGGGAAGAAAGGGUGUGUUGAUGGUGGCAUGCUGUGUUGUCAAGCGGAGAAGUGCAACGCUGAUCUGCAUGAGGCCAAGCAAUACCACAGGAGGCACAAGGUGUGUGAGAGUCAUGCCGAGGCUCAGGUUGUGCUUGUUCAUGGCACCAAACAACGGUUCUGUCAGCAAUGUAGCAGAUUCCACGAGUUGUCUGAAUUUGAUGAUGCAAAAAGAAGUUGCCGCAGGCGUUUGGCUGUACACAAUGAAAGGAGGAGAAAGAACUCGUCUGAUCAAUCUCAAGCAGAAGGGUCAAGGCACCACAAAGGGUCAGAGGUCCCUCAAAUGAAGGACAUUGCUUGUGGUCAGGCUAAUGAAAGGGGAAGAACUCAUAUAACGAUACAAGAAAAUUCUGCUUACAAAAAGUUUGAAAUAAGAUAAGAUCUGCUUUUGUCCUUAAGUUGCUCUCUCUCUUCUGUCAUCUUGGUGAUGAAUUGGUGAAACAGUUUCUGUCACAUUCACGCUGAAGAUUGCAUUUAGAUAAAUAACUUCAAAAAUAAAACUAACAUAAUGGUGUUGCAGUAAAUUAUGCACUUCUUCCCAUUAUGUUAAACCAUUAUGCUUGACAUAUCUUAACAUAAUACCGUGUGCUUUGUACUACAUGCCUUGCAUUAUGUGGCUAAGCAGCGAAAUUUUUUAUUUGGUUAUAUUACAAAUUACAAUCACUCAUUCUACUAACAUAGGUUCUUUUGGUUAGAGAAACUAAAGCUCCAGAACAUGUUUUGUCACCUAAAUAUAGGUUUGGCCUACACUAGAGGUCAAGUUGGCUAUGAGAAUCCCUUUUGUCAAUUUGCUAUGGGAUAAGAUAUGUGCCGAACGCACAAUGAGAUGAAUUGCUUUUGCAUGCUGAAAGAACAAAG